AUGAUAUUAAUCCUUUUGCUGUGUGUGACACAAAUGGUGUGCGGAAAAAUUUAUUAUCAUGAACAUUCAAUUGAAAAAUUUCAACCACCAAAUACUUUAAGAGAGGACUCAUAUUUUGGUUAUAGUAUCACUUACGACAUAUACAACAGGCGAAUGAUAAUAAGUGCACCACGUGAGAGUGACAUUGGAGUGGUAUAUACGUGUGACUUGUCCACAAUAAACAACAAUUCGUGUUCAAGAAUUGCCGUAAAUAUAACUAGAGAAGAUACACUGUAUACGCACGAUUACUGGUUUGGAGCGACUGUAAAGGCGGGCCCUAAUUUCCUAGUGGCAUGUACUCCAAGGUAUUCCAGUUAUAUCAACAGUUGUGACUUCGUUGGAAUAUUUGGACGGUGUUACGUUCGCAAAGAAAUUGAAAGUAACUUUAGUUCGCACAUGGCCCCUGAGCCCAUCGCGGCAGAAUAUGACAAUAAAGGAGUCUGUGUGCACCAUGAGAAGAAAAUGGACAGUCUGGGAUGGUGUUUGGACAUCGGAGAAGAUAGCUCCAUAAUUGUUGGGAGCCCAAUCUUAUUUAAUAAUACAGGUAUUGCUGCUAUUCGGCCAGUUAAGACAGACCAAGAUAACGUUUUAAUACGUUUAAACAAUAAGGAAAAAAACAUAUAUAACCUUGGUUAUAGUGUAGCGAUAGGUCAUUUUAUGAGUGAAGAAAUAUUGUCUUAUGCCGUAAGUACAACUUAUGGCACAGUCGGACCUGGAAAAAUUUAUUUUUAUUCGUAUACUAAUGGGCUCUUUAGUUCUUACAUAACAUUGAACAAAAGCAUCGACGUGGAGGUAGUAGGAUCAAUGUUCGGCGCAGUACUGUGCAAGGCAAAGAUAAAUGAAUUCGGCAAAGGAGAUGAUUUGUUAGUGGGCGCACCGACAUACGCCUUGGAUACUGGUUAUAACACUGGGGCUGUUUAUGUGUAUGCUUACAAUACAGCAAACGCUACACCUGUAUUCCGAAGAAAAAUAGUUGGUUACAAGUCUGGUUCAUUAUUUGGCAGUGCUAUAAUAAGUGUCGGUGAUCUCAACGGUGAUAGAAAAGAUGAAAUAGCAAUAGGAGCGCCUUUCGAAGAUGGUGGCGCUGUGUACUUGUACUCUGGCGCCUCUAUAUUUUCAACGGACAAGACCUUGAAUUUUUUGCAAAAGAUCAAGCCUACUGAAAAGAAUCUACAAUCUUUUGGUUUCAGCAUGACUGCACUUCAAGAUUAUGAUCACAAUGGAUGCAAUGAAUUGGCUAUCAGUGCUCCGUAUUCUGACAGAGUGUUGCUUUAUAAAUGCUUGGCUUCGGUUACUAUCUCUAAAUUAUAUGCAGUUUUUCCUGACGUAAAGAAUCGGACUGUGUCGCGUAAAACUGAUUACAUAUUCCAAGUUUGCAUGGACGUACAGUAUCCUGAAAAACCAAAAGCAAUAGUUGCUGACUUAUCGACCGAUGUAAAAAUGUACCACAAGUACGCGACGUUGAAGAACCUGAACAACCAAAAUUUUUAUACUUUUAAAAAGCAACUUCAGAGUAAGAAUAAAAAGUACUGUGAAAAUAUUGAAUUUGUUUUGCCACUGGAUAAGGAUUAUAGCAUGGAAGUAGAAUAUAAGCUUACAACAACGCUGCUGAACAACCCGAUGGAUCUGGAGAACGUGAAUGAUUCCCACGUGAUCCUUACUGACUACAGUAAGCUGUCUUAUUCAGGUUCGUUUUGGGCUGGUGAGUGCUCUGGGCCUAGCAAGUGCAUAUCAAAUCUCACCUUGACUGUCACUUCCGAUAUCACAAUACCUCUUAUAAUUGGCUCUCGCAACAAGGGUGCGUUCCACAUCGAGGUUCUGAACACCGGUGAUGUGGCGUAUGACCCUUGCAUCCAGUUCAGCAUAUCUGGUGGCAACGUGCAAUCACCACCUAUGUACUGCUCCCAUCUGAAGGAAAGAUGGUCGUGUACUUCGAUGAAGCCAAUCAAGACAAAUGGCACUUGGGAAAUCAGAAAUAUCAUUGUGGAUUUACGAGACCUCACCAACGAAGACAGAAACGUUACUUUAAAUUUAAAUUUAUUUAAUCGUUGUACAGACACCAAUAACAGCAAAGUUUAUCAAUAUAGUAUUCCUUUGAAAAGUCGUCUUGAUGGUGUUUAUAUAAAAGGAAUAACAGAUGUCGGAGAUACUGUUGAUAUAAUUAAAGAUGACGUUUUAUUGUCAAAACAUUUCAAACAUAUUUAUACGAUCACAAACAAAGGGCCAACCAACUUCAAACACUUGACUGCCACAGUAGUGGUGCAGAAAAUAGAUUUCGUCGCAUACUCAGACGUACCCGUAUCCAUAUAUAUAAAAGAACCUUCUCUGGCGCCACAAUCCACCAACAAUGGCAUUGAAUGUAAAGUCAACGCGAAUAAUGCCUACAAAAUAACAGCAAUAUGUCCGAUACAUAGUUUAUUUAAAGAUAACUAUGUGAGAGUUGUUGUUUCAUUGGAAACAAAUCCAGAUGUUCUAACUUAUGAUGUGCUUAAGAAACGAAGCAAUAUAGAAGUCAAUUCAGUAUUAAGUAUUCAAUUUGACAAUACUACAUCUAGGAGUUUCAGUAUAACAACACUAAUACAUCUCCAGGAGGCAUUUGUCAAUAUAUGGAUAUCGAUAGUCGCUGGCUUAGUGGGACUAUUGUUGAUAAUCAUUCUCGCCAUUGUGCUCUAUAAGAGCGGAUUCUUGCGACGUAAGAAUAAAGAAAGGUUGAAGGAUCUCAAAAAAAAAGUUAAAAGUCAAUCUAUUAGACGAUCGAUGGUUUAUAAUCACCUUCAUGUGGAGACCGCAAAUGGAUCUAUGGCAGAUGAAAAUACACAACUCAGAGCUGCUAGAUAA